CGUCACCCUCAUUCAGAACGUCGGGAACACGACCCACCCCACAUCCGGGAUUCACCACUUGCGAAGCAGAAGAAAAGACGAGAACGCAAAGGGGGGCGGCGGAGGAGAGGGAAAAAAGAAAAAAAGAAGAAAAAAAGAAGAAAAAAAGAGAAGAAGCACGUCCACAAUGGGCGCGCAUACAAACAAAUUCAAGGUCAUCAUCGUCGGUGGCGGCCCCAACGGUCUCACGGCCGCCCACGCCCUUUACCAAGCCGGCAUUAACUUCGUGGUGCUCGAAAGGAGGGCCGACGUCGCCCUCGAUGAAGGCUCCAGCAUGGUUCUCGGUCCCGCCAGCCUGCGCGUCAUGCAUCAGUUGGGUCUAUACCAACGAAUCAAACCCAUCUCCGCCGAGGUCGACAGAGUAAGAAAUUACCUGCGCACAGGGACAAAAUACCAGGACACCACACUUCCAACGCUCAUAAAAAAGAAUCACGGUUCAGGUCUCAUCGCAUUCCACCGCGCUCAUCUCGUCCAGGCCUUGUACGAUGCGCUCCCAGAAGACGCCAAGGAGCGGUACCACCUCAACAAGUCCGUCGCCGAGAUCACCACCGAUGCCUCCGGCGCGACAGUGACCUGCACCGACGGCACUUCCUACACCGGGACCAUCGUCCUCGGCGUAGACGGCGUGCACAGCAUAACGCGCCGUCUGAUGCGCCAGCUCGCCCUCGCCGCCGACCCUUCCCUCGCACCCGCAUGGGGCCCCGAGCAGCCCUUCCCCGCCACCUACCGCUGCCUGUGGUACAGCUUCCCGCGGCCCGAAGACGAACGCCCCGGGCUGGCCGGCGCCACGGUCCACCGGGACCUCUCCUGCAUGUUCAUCACGGGCAUCGAGCGGGCCUGGGUGUUCCUGUACGAGAAGAUGCCCGGGGGACCGACGACCGAGCGGCACCGCUACGAAGAGAAGGACGUCGGGCGGUUCGCGGGGCUGUUUGGCGACUUUGUCCUCGACGGCACCCGGACCGUGCGGGACACGUUCGCGUUGCGCCUGACGCACGGCAUGGCGGACCUCCAGGAAGGCAUCGCGCGGCGGUGGAGCUGGGGAGGCAGGAUCGUGAUCGCGGGCGACGCGGCGCAUAAGUUCAUGCCCAAUGCCGGGUUGGGGUUCAACAAUGGCGUGCAGGAUAUCGUGGCGCUGUGUAACCUGCUCCGUGGGGCGGUUGUCGAAGGCCGCAUGCGCGGUUCUGUCCCCUCGGCGGAGACGCUGGACGGCUUGUUUACGAAGUACCGCGCGUUGCGGAUCCGGGCGCUCGAGGCUGACGCGAAGGAGUCGGCCGUGACGGGGAGGCUGCAGGCGUGGCCGAACUUGUUGUAUCAGUUGGCUGCGCGGUACCUCUUGACGAACGAGCGGCUUAUGAGGUUCCACGUGAGUAAGGUCGCGGCGAAGAAGGUGAAGAAGGCGCUUGUCUUGGACUACGCGCCGGCGGAGGAGCCUUUUGUAGGGGUGGUGCCUUGGGAUAACCCCAUCCCCUCUCCGGAUUGUAUUUGUAGGUCAUGA